GGACCAACAAAAAUAACUCUGAAUGAUUUUGUGCGGAUGAUUUUUGAAGAGAAAUGUGAAAAGGUGUUGAUGUUAACAAAUCUAAUUGAGUCUGGAAAGUAUAAAUGUGAAAGAUACUGGCCACUGGAAGAGAAACAAGACUUUGGUAACAUCACUGUUAAAUUGGUUAAAGAAACAAUCCGUUCGUAUUAUGUUAAACGAACAUUAUCUUUAAUCAAUACAAAGGUA